ACAAAAUGGCAAGUCUAAAAUUCAAUUAUUUCUGCUUCUUAGUUUUGUUUAUUGCUAGCAAUAUCAUCAUCCUUGAUCCAACUUUGUGCCUCGGCAAUGGAGAUGAUGAUAUGUGCCUCGUAAGAAAACAACAUGCUGCACUAUUUGUGUUUGGAGAUUCAUUAUUUGAUGCUGGAAACAACAAUUACAUAAAUACCACUGCUGAUUUUCAGUCAAAUUAUCCACCUUAUGGUGAAACCUUCUUCAACUACCCAUCAGGUAGAUUUUCUGAUGGACGUGUGCUUCCAGAUUUUAUUGCUGAAUAUGCUAAGUUGCCAUUGAUCCAACCAUAUCUAUUUCCUGGUAAUCAAAUAUACAGUGAUGGAAUCAAUUUUGCAUCAGCAGGAGCUGGAGCUUUGGUUGAAACCUAUCAAGGACUGGUGAUAGAUCUAAAAACUCAAUUAAGUUAUUUUCAAAAAGUCAGCAAAGUAUUGAAGAAGAAACUUGGAGAUACAGAAGCUAAAACCCUGCUAGCCAAAGCUGUUUACCUUAUUAACAUUGGAAGCAAUGACUAUUUAGUCCCCUUGUCAAAAAAUUCAACAAGUGCAUCCUCAUAUGAGAAAUAUGUAGGCAUGGUAGUAGCCAAUAUUUCAAACGUAAUAAAAGGAAUCCAUAAAGUAGGAGGAAGGAAAGUGGGGAUUCUUAACCAGCCACCUUUUGGUUGCAUUCUAGCACUGAAGCUAAGGCUAAAUGGAACCAAGGGUUCAUGCGUGGAAGAAGCUUCAUCAUUAGCCAAAAUGCAUAACAAUGUCCUUUCUGUGGAACUUCAAAAGUUAAAGACACAGCUCAGAGGAUUUAAAUAUUCAUACUUUGAUUACUAUAAUUGGGUUUUUGAUGUAAUAAACCACCCUUCAAAAUAUGGCUUUAAAGAAAGUGGUGUGGCAUGCUGUGGGAGUGGCCUUUACAAUGGUGAUUACACUUGUGGAGGCAAAAGAGCAUCCAAAGAUUAUGAUUUGUGUAAGAAUCCAAGUGAUUAUGUGUUCUUUGAUUCGGUUCAUCCUACUGAAAGGGUUAAUAAGAUUUUUUCUCAGAUUAUGUGGAGUGGAAAUCAAACUUCUACAGGUCCAUACAAUCUAAAAACACUAUUUGAAGUUUGAUUUCAGUUCUACCAUGCAUGUUCAGAUUCAAUAAAAAUCUUUAUGUUGUUUGCAUUGGCAAAAAUAAAGGCUAUUAAUGGAUAUGUAUAAAGUAUAAUGAAUAAUUGUUGUUCCUUA